CGCAGUCCGUGCGGCCGUGGGACCCCCAAUCUCGCGGUGACCCGGCCACCGAGCCGGUGGAGGAGGUUGGAGGGGGAGCAGCUCACGCAGUAUUUGUGUGGGUGGGGCGGAGCCGGGAGCCGGACGGUGCCAGCUCAGAACCUCCGGGAGAAGGUCUGCGAGUGCGGUCUCCACUGCGCUGUCGGGGACCCCGCGCCAGAGCUGCGCGCGGCGACGAGCCGGCCGGCUUUCCAGCGCCAUGGGGACAUCCCACCAGGCCGUCUUGGUCCUUGGCUGUCUCCUCACAGAACUGAGCCUAAUCUGCUGCCAGCUUUCGCUGCCCUCCAUCCUGCCCAAUGAGAAUGAAAAGGUUGUGCAGCUCAAUUCAUCCUUUUCUCUGCGAUGCUUCGGGGAGAGCGAAGUGAUCUGGAAGCACCCCGUGACUCUGGGAGAGUUCCCCGACGUGGACAUCAGAAACGAAGAAAACAACAGCGGCCUUUUUGUGGCCGUGCUGGAAGUGGCCAACGCCUCGGCGGCCCACACCGGCUGGUACACUUGCUGCUACAACCACACCGAGCCGGAGGAGGGCGAGGUCGAGGGCCGGCAUAUCUACAUCUACGUGCCGGACCCGGAUGUGGCCUUUUUGCCUCUAGAAAUGACAGACUACAUAGUUGUUGCAAACAACGAUGACUCCACCAUCAUACCCUGCCGCACGACAGACCCCAGGACUCCCGUGACCUUACACAACAGCCAGGGGUUGGUGCCAGCCUCGUACGACAGCAAACAGGGCUUCAAUGGGACCUUCAACAUGGGGCCCUACUUCUGUGAGGCCACCGUCCAAGGGAAGACCUUCCAGACCAUGCUAUUUAAUAUCGUUACUUUGAAAGCUGCAUCACAGCUGGAUCUAGAGAUGGAAGCCCUGAAAACUGUGUAUAAGUCAGGGGAGACGAUCGUGGUCACCUGUGCCGUCUUUAACAAUGAAGUGGUUGACCUUCAGUGGACCUACCCUGGAGCCAUGAAAGGCAAAGGCCUCCUGAAGCUGCAGGAAAUCAGAUUUCCGACCAUCAAGUUGGUGUACACUUUGACAGUCCCGGAGGCCACGGUGAAAGACAGUGGGGACUAUGAAUGCACUGCUCGCCACGCCACCGAGGAUGUCAAGGAAAUGAAGAGAGUCAGCAUCGCUGUGCACGAGAAAGGGUUCGUGGAAAUCAAGCCCACCUUUGGCCACGUGGAAGCUGUCAACCUGCACGAGGUCAGACAUUUCGUGGUGGACAUACAGGCCUACCCGCCUCCCAGGAUCUCCUGGCUGAAGGACAACCUGACUCUGAUCGAAAAUCUCACUGAGAUCACCACUGAUGUGGAAAAGAUUCGGGAAAUAAGGUAUCGAAGCAAACUGAAGCUGAUCCGUGCUAAGGAAGAAGACAGUGGCCAUUACACUAUUAUAGUUCAAAAUGAAGAUGACGUGAAGAGCUACACAUUUGAGCUGUUAACUCAAGUUCCCUCCUCCAUCCUGGACCUGGUUGAUGACCAUCAUGGCUCCGGCGGGGAACAGACUGUGAGGUGCACGGCGGAAGGCCUCCCUCUGCCUGACAUCGAGUGGAUGGUCUGCAGGGACAUUAAGCGAUGUAAUAAUGAGACUUCCUGGACAGUUUUGGCCAACAAUGUCUCAAAUAUCAUCACAGAGACACAUUCCCAGGGCAAGAGUAUUGUGGAGGGCCGAGUGACGUUUGCCAAAGUGGAGGAGACCAUUGCUGUUCGAUGCUUGGCCAAGAAUCUCCUUGGGUCCAGCAGCCGGGAGCUGAAGCUGGUGGUUCCCACCCUGCAUUCUGAGCUCACAGUGGCCGCUGCGGUGCUGGUGUUGCUGGUGAUUGUGAUCAUCUCACUUAUUGUCCUGGUUGUAAUUUGGAAGCAGAAACCGAGGUAUGAAAUUCGCUGGAGGGUCAUUGAAUCAAUCAGCCCUGAUGGACAUGAAUAUAUUUACGUGGACCCGAUGCAACUGCCUUAUGACUCGAGAUGGGAAUUUCCAAGAGAUGGAUUGGUGCUUGGUCGCAUCCUGGGAUCCGGUGCCUUUGGGAAAGUGGUGGAGGGAACAGCAUAUGGGCUCAGUCGCUCCCAGCCUGUUAUGAAGGUGGCUGUGAAGAUGCUCAAACCCACAGCCAGAUCCAGUGAAAAACAAGCUCUCAUGUCUGAACUGAAGAUAAUGACUCACCUGGGGCCACACUUAAACAUUGUGAACCUGUUGGGAGCUUGUACCAAGUCAGGCCCCAUUUACAUCAUCACCGAAUACUGCUUCUAUGGAGAUUUGGUCAACUAUUUGCAUAAGAAUAGAGAUAGCUUCCUGAGCCGACACCCAGAGAAGCCCAAGAAAGAGCUGGACAUCUUUGGACUGAACCCCGCGGAUGAGAGCACAAGGAGCUAUGUGAUUUUAUCUUUCGAAAACAAUGGCGACUACAUGGACAUGAAGCAAGCUGAUGCCACGCAGUACGUCCCCAUGCUGGAAAGGAAAGAGGUUUCUAAAUACUCGGAUAUCCAGAGAUCGCUGUACGAUCGUCCUGCCUCGUAUAAGAAGAAAUCUAUGCUAGAUUCAGAAGUCAAAAACCUCCUCUCAGAUGAUAACUCUGAAGGCCUUACUUUGUUGGAUUUGUUGAGCUUCACCUAUCAAGUUGCCCGAGGAAUGGAGUUUUUGGCUUCAAAAAAUUGUGUCCACCGUGACCUGGCUGCUCGCAACGUCCUCCUGGCACAAGGGAAAAUCGUGAAGAUCUGUGACUUUGGCCUGGCCAGAGACAUCAUGCAUGAUUCGAACUACGUGUCAAAAGGCAGCACUUUCUUGCCUGUGAAGUGGAUGGCUCCUGAGAGCAUCUUCGACAACCUCUACACCACCCUGAGUGACGUCUGGUCUUACGGCAUUCUGCUCUGGGAGAUCUUCUCUCUUGGUGGCACGCCCUACCCUGGCAUGAUGGUAGAUUCUACAUUCUACAACAAGAUCAAGAGCGGGUACCGGAUGGCCAAGCCUGACCACGCCACCAGUGAAGUCUAUGACAUCAUGAUGCAGUGCUGGAACAGUGAACCCGAGAAGAGACCCUCUUUUUACCACCUGAGUGAGAUAGUGGAGACCCUGCUGCCUGGACAGUAUAAAAAGAGUUAUGAGAAAAUCCACCUGGACUUCCUGAAGAGUGACCAUCCCGCUGUGGCACGUAUGCGCGUGGACUCAGACAACACGUACAUCGGUGUUUCCUACAAAAAUGAGGAAGACAAGCUGAAAGACUGGGAGGGUGGCCUGGAUGAGCAGAGACUGAGCGCUGACAGUGGCUACAUCAUCCCUCUGCCCGACAUCGACCCUGUGCCUGAGGAGGAAGACCUGGGCAAGAGGAACAGGCACAGCUCUCAGACCUCUGAAGAAAGCGCCAUUGAGACAGGCUCCAGCAGUUCCACUUUCAUCAAGAGAGAGGACGAGACCAUCGAGGACAUUGACAUGAUGGAUGACAUUGGCAUAGACUCCUCGGACCUGGUGGAGGACAGCUUCCUGUAACUGGCAGAUCCAGUGGGCACCUUCUACUCCAGGAGCUACCUGUGGGUCCCUUUAAGAAAACCACUUUAUUGCAAUGCAAAGGUUGAGACUUGAAUGAUGGUGACGGGGACUUUCCAGCCGUGGGCCCGGGGAGCCCUCUGGAUAUGAGCGAGUGGGACUUUUGAAAUGAACUUUUUCGGUGUUGCCUCUUGCAAUGCUUCAGUAACAUCUCAGUGGCCUGUGAAGUUUGGAAAUAGAAGGACAGGGAAUAAUAGGCCACAGAAAAAUGAGUUUUGUGUUUCAAGGGCUUUGGUGAGAUUUCCACAUGCACAAUUUGUACUGCAACAAACACUAGCGUUGUAAUUAUGUAAAUAACUCUAACCAAGGAUGUGUUUAGAUUUGCAUUAAUCGUCUUCUCUGGACUUUUGAAGAGACCACUCAAUCCAUCCAUGUACUUCUUUUUUCGAACCUGGUAUCAGCUGCUGUUGAAUUUUCUUAUGAAGUGCAUGCAAAACCACUUUUGAACCUUAAAAGGUACUGGUACUAUCACAUUUUACUUUUUUCUUAGUGUUAAAGAGAUAAAAAAAUAACAAUUAACCAACUUUGUUUAAUAGAUUUGGGUCCUUUAGCAGCCCAACGACUCAUUUUCAUAUUGUAACCUAUAUUUAUAAUAAUACUACUGUUAUCAGUAAUGCUAAAUGUGUAAUAUGUAACAUGAUCUCCCUACAGAGAAAGCACAACUUAAAGAAAAAACCCUUUACUAAGUAGGUGACAAGUUUGAUCGUUUUUGGCAUUUACCUUAAAUAACAUAUGUUUCUUUAUAAAACACAAUAGCUUUAGUGGAUUAAAUUUAGUCAACAUAGAGAGCAAAGUGUAAGUAACAUUGUCCAGGAAGUCAGAGUUUUUAAUUAUAUAGGCUCCCUAAUCCCUUCUACUAAAAACAGUUAAUGACCUCUGAAGUAAUGGGAUUAGAAACAAACCCCUGAAUCCUAAAUGUCCUUGAUAUAAAGGCAAAAUCCUUUUGCUGUGACCCAGUGGAAAUCACAGGAAUCAGCCAAAAGACUGAACUCACAGAGCUUUUUUUUAUGACUAAGAAUACCUUUGGUGGAUCCCAACAUGCAUUUUAAAAUCUGUGAACCUUAAAAGUCAGAGGGAUGCCCUCAAGUCAGCUCCUUUCUUUCAUCUCUUACCCUAAAGAGAAGGAGCUUGAAGCCCUGAGGUCACAAAGGUGUUUUUUCGUGUGCAUCAGCCUGGCUUUUCAGUUCCCACGUGGAACUGGCAGUGGGAACCACUAGAUUCUGCAGAAUCCAGAAAUUCUGCAUUAUUAAGUCUAACAGAAACAGGAAUCUCAUUUUUAUAAACACCCUGGCUAUUCUGAUCAGCCAGUUUUCAGAAACACUGGCUUAGGUUACAGGAGGUUGCCAUGGGGGAAGAAAAACAAUUUGAAAUUUGGAUCUGGACUAGAAGUCAACCAUGCAGGAAGCCAACUAUUAAAGUCCUUGGCUUCAGGUCAGUGACAUUUAAUACCAUAUAUAUAGCAAUUGCUACCCUUAAUUUAGCUUUCCAGUCUUAGCUGAGGCUGAGAAAGUUAGAAUUUGUUUUUUUGGCACAUCUUCCAAAAUUCAAGACGAAGUAAAGAUGCUGUUUCCCACUGCAUGGGGGAUUUGGACUCAUCUUCCCCCAGGAAAAGGCGUGUGUAAAAACAAUCAAAUUCCACAUGCCAAAUCUCUGAAUAGCCAGGUCAAUAUUUUAUGAAAAAGGCUGAAAAGUUUUCCUGGUAUUUUGGGUGUAGGUGGGAGGAUAGAUUGUCACAUCCAUCCAGACCAUCGAACUGGUUGGUAUGAGUUCAUUGGCAUUCUUUGCAGUGUGUUUAAUUGCUGACACCGUAUGAAUGAAACAUGGGCUGUGAUUACUGCAAUCACUGAUGUGCUUCCAGCAGGUGGUGCCUUAGAAGAUGUAGAAGCAAUAAUGAGGUCCUUGAGUACCUACUAGUGGAAUCUCAAUGCAAGCCCCAACUUUCUUGUCCCCCUUCUCCAUAGCAAGUGUGAAGACUGAGCCAGAUUGGCCAAUUAAAAAUGAAAACCUGAUUUGGUUCCAUAGAACCAAUUAGACUUGAAAUACAUUUGUGUUUCUAGAAUCACAGCUCAAGUAUUCCAUUUAUCACUCACUCUCCCGCACAGGCUUAUUUUGUUGGUGCUUUGCCUUCUGAUGCUACUUUAAGUCUUGUAUGAUACUGUGAGACUGGAUGAAGUCUGAGGCCGGUGGUUUCCAGUCGUUAUCAGUGCACCCACCUGAAAUGAUGAAAGACUACAUUGUUAAAACUGUGUUUCCCAGAUUUGUUUCUUUCUCUCUCUCUCUCUUUUUUUUUUUUUUUGCCGUCUGUAAAGUCCCCAGAAAAAAAUUUGCUAAUCCUUCCCACUUUCUAUUUUUAUGAUGACAAUCAAAGCUAGCCCAAGAAACACAAUUUGUGGCUUUUAAAAUGAUCAGUGAUAUCCUUACAAUGUGGUCUGCCAAUCUGUACAAAAUGGUCCUAUUUUUGUGAAGAGGGACGUAAGAUAAAAUGAUGUUAUACAUCAAUAUGUAUAUAUGUAUUUCUAUAUAGACUUGGAGAAUACUGCCAAACCUUUAUGACAAGCUGUAUCACUGCCUUUGUUUAUAUUUUUUUAACUGUGAUAUUCCCCACAGGCACAUUAACUGUUGCACUUUUGAAUGUCCAAAAUUUAUAUUUUAGAAAUAAUAAAGAGAAAAAUACUUACAUGUUCCCAAAACGGUGGUGUGGUGAAUGUGUGAGAGAAACUAACUUGAUAGGGAGGCUCUACCCAUAUGAAAUGUAUUCCAAAUGCCCCGUUCCUGUUUUUAUUUUGAAACGUGUAAAUGAAGAUCUUUAUAUUUCAAUAAAUGAUAUAUGUAAUUUAAAGUUA